AUGUUCGCAGCUGCCGAAGACAGUAAAAACGAAAAGGACUACGUAAAUAUGGACGAAUCACUAACUGAAAAUCUCAAAAAAAAACUGUACGAAUCCGCAACGAAUGAGGCUGUGCAAUCCGAACAAUCAAAACUCCAAGCAGCAGAAAUGGUGAGCAGUGAAGAGACGCUGAAUUUACCGCUUGAAGUCAAGGCUGUGAACCAAAAGGACUGCAUUCAGACAUACAAAAAUGUCCGAGGAAUGUGUAAUCCACCGUCAACAUCACAGCUGUAUCGAGCCUGCAAAUCUUGGUAUAGACUCUGCCCAGAUUAUCAUGAAUUGUCGUUUUCUCCAGAAACAGCAGUGCAAAGUACAGGAUAA